AUGUUUGGUCUUCCAGGACUUUUAUGUACAAUUGAUCAAAGAGGAAAAGCUGGUGAUAUUAUUGUAGAAGAUGGAAAUGCACAAACUUUUGAUGCAUCCCUCAAUAUAUAUGGACCAAAAGGGCUUCGAAGGUUUAUUCGACUGGCGCUUGCACUAUCAAGAGCGAAUUUGAGUUAUACAUACGCUGUUCAUGAAUUGAUUUUUGAAGAAAAACAUUGUCCCUCAAAUUGGCAUGAGUGGGCUUGUCUAGAAGCCGAUGUAACUCGAGAUCCACCUUUAAGCUGUGAACGUCCUGGUCGAGAUAUCUGCGUGAAUGAUGAUGGAUUUUGGUAUAAUAUUAUGGAUGGUGAAGAGAAUAAAGGGGUGCUUGUCCAUGCAAUGUCUAUAAAGCAUACAAUUCCUUCACUGGGGUGGCUAAUCAUAAAACCAUCUCAAUUGCCCUCAUUAUGUGCUGAUACAGCUAUGAAGUUGGGUGUUCCUAAAGGAAGAUUAAUGGGUGAAUUAAAACGAGGUAAAACAGUCGUUGUGGAUGGUAAAACAAUUCAUCCUGAUGAGGUGUUGAAAUCUCCACUACGGGGUCAUCGUGUCGCCAUUAUGGGUGACACUUACGACUCUUCUGAACUGUUACGUCUUAUGCAGGUUUUACAGGCUAAAAAUCAAAUCGCCUCCAUAAUUCUUGAUACUCUUGUGCAUGAAGCUACUCUUGACGAUAACCUGUAUGAUGAUGCCAUAAGUAAAGGUCACUCUGUUCCAGGUGUUGUGGCGAAGUUGGCUAGUCAACUCAAUGUUCGCCAAUUAGUUCUCACACAUUUCAGUCACAGAUAUGAUCGAAUUGAUGUGUUGAAUGAAAAUAUUGUGCAAGAUGGUCACAGCGAGCAUAUCAGUUGUACAAAGAAGGCAAAGAAUGAUAAGAAAAGUAAACCAAGUCUACAGAUCAUUUUGGAUCAAGCUAAAUCAACUGGUUUCAAUGGAGAUAUUAUUUUGGCUGAUGACCAGAUGUUAGUCAAAAUUCCUCAAAUUUCUUACCAUGA